GAAAGAGUAGGAAGAACGGGAUUCCCUCGUGCCCUUGAUCCGUGAAAGCGAGGAAAUCAUCAGAGACAAAAGUAGAAAGAUUACCGCAAACUAUCGAAUCAUUUCAGCAAAUUGUCCAUCACUCGAAGGCCCGGUUGAAGGGAUAAGCUCUUGCUCCGUAGUUUCUGUAACAGCGUCAGCACGGGAGACCAAAGCAGCAACAUGAAGCCGAACGUUGUGGUGGACGAAAUGUUCCCCGAAGGUCCGGGCCCUUUUAUGGAUUUGGAAGAGGCCGGCGGUUCGUCUGGUUUGCUGAUGGAUCUAGCAGCCAACGAGAAGGACGUGCACGCGGACUUUUAUAAUGAUUUCGAGGAUCUGUUCGAUGAAGAUGAGGAUGGACAGAUUUAACGGAUGGACGGUGUGGAUCAGGCAAAUGGAGAGUCGUAAACCAGCAGAAUAAAAGGCUAGAACUAGCCACAA